AUGAUCAGGACUUUGGAACUGCUGGAGAUGUCGAAAAGGAAAUUAGAAGAAGAAAAAAGACAGUUAAAAGAGCAAAUUCAAGUCAAAGAAAAUAUUAUCCGGCAAAAAGUUUUCCAACAUAUCUUUAAUAAUUACAAUGAAAUUGUUAACAUACCCGGUGGUGAAAUAUUUAUUAGCAGUAUUAAAGAUGAUGAUUGGGGUGAAAAAGACCCAAACACUAAAAAUUAUCUGAUGGUUCUUGAUUAUCUAAAGGAUGGUAAUUUAAGACAGUAUUUGCUAGACCAUUAUCGAGAACUAGAUUUUGAAGACAAACUGUACUUGUUAUACACCAUCUCUUUGGGAUUAAAUUCUAUUCAUAAGAAAAUAUUAGUUCAUCGGGAUUUUCACUCGGGUAAUAUAUUAGUUGAUGAGGUUGAAUGUUAUAUCAUUGAUUUAGGACUAAGUCGCUCGGUUGAUUCGUUAAAAAAGGAAGAUGAAAUUUACGGCGUGCUGCCUUAUGUGGCUCCCGAGGUUCUCCAAGAAAAAGGUUAUACGCAAGCAUCAGAUGUCUAUUCUUCAGGAAUAGUUGCUUACGAAGUACUAACUGGAUUACCUCCUCAUUAUGAUAAGAAAUAUGAUGUCUAUUUGGCCUUAAAAGUCUGCGAAGGAACCCGCCCUCGGUUUCAGAUUAAAAUACCACAAUCAUUGGAAAAUUUAAUCA